AUGAGGCGUUUAUACGUUUUGCUCCUGCAACUCGUUGCUUUCUCUAAUUUCGUGCGCGCGACAACGGAGGUCUAUGCAGGAUUGAGGCAUAGAUUAACACCCCGCUCGAACCCGAUCACCAUUCCUAUUCAUGUACAAUAUUCUCGAGAGAUUGGUGACAACGGAACAGUUGGUGCUGGGUGGGCUGAGGUAGCAUCGUCUCAAGACCGGCAGUCCUAUUUUGCUAUCAUUAAAGCGGGGGCUAUCAGUUUCAAGGUCGCUCUUGAUACUGCGUCUUCGGACCUGUGGCUUGUCUCAUCUGCAUGCAAUACUGAUACAUGCAGACCGGUCCCUCGGUAUCCGCUAUCGUACCAAAGCCCCACGUUCCUUCAAGUGAACAAUAAUAUGACUAGCUUCAACGCUAGCUAUGCGGACGGUACAUUUGCGUCUGGUUUCCUUGCGAGGGAGAGCAUCGAGUUAGCAAACCUUACUGUUCCUAAUCAACCUUUUGGUAUGGUCACUAAUUCGAAUGUUUCAUUGACCGAUAAAGCAAGUGGUAUCAUGGGCCUUGGUUUUCCACGUUUGUCCUCCAUUUCUAACUCGACUAUCAACUCUACGUCAUUUUUUGCCAAUUUGUCUCAGCAAGGCCUCCUAGAAUACCCUCUAUUUGCUUUCAGCUUGACGCGGAAUCUUAGCGGCGCAGUUGACGCAUCGGUGGUAGUCAAUGCAAGUCAAAUCGGUUGGAAUAAAGUGGCACCCUUUCCGCCAUUUGGUUCCGAGAACAACAUUUCCAGUUAUUUUCAAUGGGCAAUCCCAUUAUCUGGCUUCUCUGUCAAUGGCACUCAAGUCGCCCCUCAACCUACAUACCCAGAAAUACGUGAAAGCUCACUGGCUCUAUUCGAUAUUGGAACGUCGGGGAUCUAUGGGCCUUAUCAAGAUGUCACCCGCCUGUAUUCGCUUAUAAACGGUGCACGUCUAGUGGAUUCUAGUGGCCAGUGGGCGAUCCCAUGUAAUACUCUUGCCCCGAUUUCUUUUUCAUUUGGAUCACGGAAUUAUACCUUACAACCUUCCGAUUAUAUGAUCGGACCAACGACUGGCAACCCAGACCUUUGCCUUUCAUGGCCGAGGGCUCUCCCUCCCAGCUCGGAUGGAAUCGACUGGCAAAUGGGAUCGCCUUUUCUGCGAACCGUGUACUCGAUAUUUAGUUUUGGCAUAAAUAACCAAGAGCCUCCCCUCAUUGGUCUAUACCCGCUGCAGCAACCCUCUAAUUCCACAAAUACCACGCAGUCAUCGAAUAUCAUUUCAUCCAUCUUCUCCGCCAACUCUGCUACCGUAACUACGACGCUACCGAAUGUCCUUCUUGCCACACCAACAUACUCUACCCCACCCUACGCGCUCAAUUCAUCCUUAAGCGCACCCAUUGGGGUCAUUGUGUCCUCUGGUCUCGCGACCAGCACCUAUAGCGCGCUAUUUGGCCAACAAACCUCCCUUCUCAACACCUCGGCGUUGCCAACUAUCUCACCAACACCAACUGUAUUUACUUAUGUUCUGACGGAUGCUGUGGGACUAGUGACGACUUCGGUCUCCACUCGUGUGGCUGCAAUUACUCUCGGGCUCCCACCUGGUUGGAGUGCAGCAUCGUCACUUCAAAGUUCUUUUUCUAUGACCAUACUUGGGACACUUGUCGCGUUUUUAUGGACGUUGCACACUAUUUUAUGA